UCCUGUUCUGAUAUUAGUCAUAUCUUCAAAACGGUAACGAGUAGUCCAGACAACUGACGCAUCAUGAAUUAUAUUCUGUGGAUUGUGUUCGCUGCUUGUCUCCUUCACCAGGGUAACUGUGGAAACUAUUGGCUAGGAGAAGAGUUGGUAACAUCUCAUCUCCCUGAAUUUAAGGUAGCCGAGGAUAAACGGAUAUCCCCCCAAACUAACGUGACGAUAACAAAAGACAUAAGUAGUGCCACGUUCAUUGCAAAUAUCUUGGAAUAUGGUAUCAUUGAUCGAGCGACAGUGAAGGGUGAUGUAUGCGAAGCUGAGGAAGGUACUUCUCAAGCUUUCAUUAACCAGAUAAUCUACGAAACCAUUGGGGUUCAGGGCUGUCCCUUUCCAGUUGGGGAAUAUGAAGUAAAACAGGAAAUGAUACGUGAAAACGUGAACAUUCCAGAGUUGGAUGAAAAAUUCAGUAACGGAAUCAUACGAAUUAAUAUCUUCAAAGACGGCAAUGAACGCGACAAUACAUAUGACAUACUAAUCUGGGUCUCAAUACAAACACUCACCGACGAGGAACUGGAAGAAGAAAAGCAGAGACUGGGACAGUCCAAGAAAUAAUGAAUUUUCCAAAAUACGAUUUCUGCGUAAUUUUAUUGACAAUUACGCACUCCAUAUUGCAAAAAUAAUUCUGUAUUUCAUGUUCUACUUGUUCUGUACUAAUGAUCUUUUCAAUUAAAAAAUUCCCGCAGUUUA